UAUUCAAAAAUUGCUUUAAGUUAAAAAAGAAAAAGAAAAAGAAAAAUCAGAGUUCUACGGGUUUAUAAACAAAACCCUAAAUUGUUUCCAACACAGUCGCAACAAAAAAAAAACCUGAGAAUGGUUUCUUCAGUGGCAAUUCCUAGUGAUACAUUUAAGUUGGGGUUUAUCGGAGCUGGAAAAUUGGCAGAGAAUAUAGCUAGAGGAGUAGUGAAAUCAGGGAUUUUACCUGCUUCAAGAAUUAGUACUGCUCAUAGAAGUUCUGAUCGUAGAGAUGUUUUUUCAUCCUUUGGGGUUAAAGUCUUUGAACAUAAUCAUCAGGUUGUCGAACACAGUGACGUCAUCAUAUUUUCAGUGAAACCUCAGAUGGUGAAGGAGGUGGUUUUGCAGCUGAAACCUUCGCUUACAGGAGAUAAACUUUUAGUGUCAAUUGCCGCUGGGAUUAAAUUGUGUGAUCUACAGGAAUGGUCAGGGAAUACUCGUUUUAUUCGAGUUAUGCCAAAUACUCCUUCUGCUGUAGGUCAGGCAGCAUCAGUUAUUAGCUUAGGAGGAACUGCAACAGAAGAAGAUGGAUUGCUUAUGGAUAGUCUCUUUGGAGCAAUUGGUAAGACUUGGAGAGCUAAUGAGAAAAUGUUUGAUGCCGUCACCGGAUUGAGUGGAAGUGGCCCAGCAUAUAUUUUUCUGGCAAUAGAGGCUCUAGCCGAUGGUGGAGUAGCUGCAGGUCUUCCACGAGACCUUGCAGCAGGUUUAGCUGCUCAGACUGUUUUGGGAGCAGCUGCAAUGGUCGUCAACACUGGUAAGCAUCCAGGGCAGCUAAAAGAUGAUGUUGCAUCACCUGGAGGAACCACCAUUGCUGCGAUUCACGAAUUGGAGAAGGGUGGAUUUCGUGGGACUCUGAUGAACGCAGUUGUUGCUGCAGCCAACCGUAGUAAAGAGUUGUCUAAGAACUAGAUUUGCCCCUUUUUCGUCUCUGCGAGGUUCCCACCACCAUUCUGGUUACGUGUCCAAUCAGAAGAAACAUCUGAGAUACAAUUGAUUAUGGCUCCUUACCAUUUUUUUAGUUCUGGUAUCAUAUUAGGUUACCAUUUGAAGCUGUCAACAUUUUGCAGUAAUUGCCUUAAGAAGUUAUAAAUAACUGAUGUUAGGCUUAUCCUUGGGUAUCUUGUCCUGUUUGUCUAUAAAUGGGUCUCUUUCGUUUGUAAUAAACAACGGUUAACAUUACAUUAGAAUAUUAGACUCUAUUAGAAUUUUCAAUGA